AUGGUAGUGGUGAUCACCAAGAAUCUACUAAUCGAAGAAGGUCAAGCCAGCACAUCCACAGACAAAUUAAAAAACAGAAUCAUACAAGAGACCGUGCUAGCUAAAUCAAAACAUAGUAACGAAAUUAAUUCUGGAACAUUUCCACCAUCGGAUGAUCAACAGAUGAAAAAUAUGGUCAAAAAUGAUGACGCAGUAGUGGCAUCAACUACCACUCAAAAUGUUCAUAAUACAAGAAGAAGAUCACGGAAAAGUGUCGAAAUUGUGAGAAGUCUUUCACCUGAUAUAGAAUUACAUGAUUACGUUGUCAAUAAUGAUGAAAUUCCAAAACAAGAUGCCACACUGACAAAUGGUACAUCAUUGAAAAUAGGAGAAAGUAGUGGUAGAGCAAGAGGAAGAGGCAGGGGCAGAGGUAGGGGUAGGGGUAGAGGUAGAGGCAGAGGUAGAGGGGCUGGUGUUAGUUGCAAUGUUGGAAGAACAGAAAAUUCUACAGAUGAAUUGGCAAUAGCUAAUACUUCGGCAGAAGAAGAUUCAUUGGUGAUAGCUGAUGCAGCGAUAAUAACUGAUACAUCACCCAAAGUUGAUGAGUUGGCAAUAGCUAAGGAAUCUGAAAACAAUACAGUCUCUGGCCUAGCGGAAGCCAACGAUAAAACUGUAAAGUGUGCCAAGUGUAGUGCAGAAAUGCCGAAGAAUAAAUGGUCAAUGCACAAUCUAAAUUCACAUAAUAACAUGGCUUGGCGAGACGGUGAUCCUAUAUUGGACUUCGAAAAUGACCAAAAAUUGCUGACUAAAGUCUUGGUUACUGCUCACAAGAGAAAAAAAGGAACGCUUAUAUGCGAAAAAUGUGGUAAUAAAAAACGAAGCGUUGUUGGUUUCGUAUCCCACAUACAGUUUUGUGGGAAAACCAUCGCGGAAAGAGAUGCUUUGUUAAUGACGUGUCCCAUAUGCCAUAGAACUAUGAUGCCAUCGUCUUUGGAAGUCCACCACCGAGUGCAUAGGCAGCAACCACUAGAGCCAGCGCGUUUAAUGGCUGCAGACAAUUCUUCAUUUAAAGCCGUCACACCUGGUUCAAAGCGCAAAGCUGCGGAGAGGGCGAUUACAAGAAUAUCUGAGUUUACGACUCUCGUGCAAGAAGCUGACGGUCCACCAUCAAAAAAGUCACGACCAGCAUCUCCGUCAAUUAAAAAAUUUAUCAAAAAGCCACAGCUUAAAAAAUCGAUAGCUGGUAUUUUUAAAUCAAUCUGGAGAAAACAAAUCUCAACUACGGGUUCUGCACAUUGUCGACAACCAGGCUGCACUGCCAGCUUUUCACUCAUUGAUGACAUAUACGAACAUUAUUCUCUUUGUAACUUCACUCCCCGAAAGAAUUUCAGCUGUAAAAUUUGCAAGUUUACUUCCGAGAACGAAGCAGACAUAGAGCAUCAUGUAACAGAGAAUCACAUGUCCAAUGUCUUCUCUGAUGACGAGUCGAACUCUGAAGAAUAUAGUGAUGAUGAAGGCGACGAAUUUUACAAUGAUGGUCAAACCAGAAAGAAGUCUGAGUCUACGAGUCAUGUCUUUUUCCAUUGGAAAAAAAAACCUAAAAGUUGGUACAAAAUCGAGUUCUUGGCAAAGGAAGAAGUGGUACAUGUAAAUAAACCUUAUACACCAGCCAUAAAGUGGACAUUGGAAUUUGAAUUACGAAACUACCAACUCAACCUUUUCCUCAAUCUUGCACCAAAUAUAUUCGAAUUAUUGGAGAGCAACGAGGCAGAUAGUUAUUUACCAGAGCUUAACGUUUCUAUGGCUAUGAAGACAAUGCAUAUGAAACAACUUCAAAAUAAAGUCCAAAGCUCACCCGUUGAAUGGAAGAGGUGGAAUAGAUUUGAAGGAGCCGUUGAGCAAGGAAUACCUACAUUUUUUGUAGGUGGUCCCGUUUGGGCAAUGGCUUGGUUGCCAAUUCCAACUCCGAUGUUUUCGCAGAAUGUUGAUCAAUACUUGGCUGUUAGUACGCAUCCAGAAAUGGAAAGUGAAUAUUCGCUGGGUCGUAGUUAUGUGGGGAAAAAUGUUAUACAGAUCUGGAAUGUUGGCAAACUAAACAACAAAGGUGGAUCCAUUGACGGUGUGCCUAAUUUAGCUUACGCUAUCGCACACACAAGUGGAACAAUAUGGUGCAUGGAAUGGUGCCCUUCUGGCUGCUACCAAGACAAAGUUCCUUCCAAUUAUAGUUCAAAAAAUGAACAGCAGACUGUACUGAAAAGAAUGGGUCUUCUUGCCACCGCUUGUUCCGAUGGAUGUGUUCAUAUAUACUCUAUGCCAUUUCCGGAAGAGCUGGAGUCUUUACAUUUGGAUCACAAUAGGAAUCGUAUUCUCAAGACUGACCCCGUUAUAACUUUAGUCGUGAAUACUAUGAUCUAUAACGAUGGUAAACAGAAUUGGCAGUGUACAAAAUUGAAUUGGACCAAAGAACGUGAUCACGACACUAUAGUUGCGGGAUUUUCCAAUGGGUACAUUGCAUUAUGGAAUAUCACGACUACAUCACCAUUGUUAUUGAAAAAGCAACAAAACACAAUGUUUAUAAAUUCUGUGCAACACUUUUUCGCGCACGGUCAUGCCGUGUCUGCUGUAUCCCUCGUUCCUUAUGGUGGCAAGAGAUUUUUGGCAACAGCUGGAUUUGACAGAUACUACAAAUUUUGGGAUUUAGAGAAUACAAGUGGCCCACAAAGUACGUGGAAAAGAGGUUUGGUAGUAGAUGGCACUUGGCUAACCCACUGGCCAACUGUUGUCAACAGUUACGACGAUGUUUUUGGGCUGAAUCAUUCCUGCACAAAUUUCGUUGCUUUACGAGAAUAUGGUUAUAAAAUUUGCCUUGGAUUAUCCACCAACUCUCCAGUUUACUCAGUUUCAGCGUCUGAUUAUGCCAAUGCAAUAGCUCACGGGUCUUUAGCUGGGGAUGUCCAAACAGUAUUUCCUCACCAGUUACUAAUCGGAAUAGAUGCGGAUAGAUCGGUUGCAAAGAAACGUCAUUUAAGUUCCUUUAUCAAAUUCGUGGAUCUUUGCGAAUCGGACACAUCAAUCAAUGCAAAACCAGCAAAUAGUAAUGCUCAAGACCUUGAAAACUCUUCUGCGGAUUACAAAUAUAUGCCAAGCACUUAUAAAGAAUCCAAAGAUCGCUUUGGCAUUAUAUUUUACGAUAUGCCCUAUGAAAUGAAAGAACUCGUUCCAACGGAGAUCCAAAGAAGAACUUUGCAAACGGACGAAUUAUCCAUGGUGCCUUUGGAGUCAUAUCCAUUCACCUCAGUGAAUAGGGUCUCGUGGAAUCCAAAUGCAUGGAGCUACUUGUGGCUAGCGACAGGUUACCAGUGUGGAAUAAUUAGGAUUUCCUGUUUUAAAUCUAUGUACAUUCCCGCAACUGUGAAUUCCUUAUUACCAAAAUACGUAGAUAGUCUGUUUUCCAACAAAAAAGAGAAAGGAAGCUAACUGGGGCAUAGAUAUACUUCAAGUGUACGCUAUAAAUUAUUAUUCCUGAAAUUUCUGAACAGGUGACAUUAUCAGUUUAAUGUUCAACUGUAUGGGAUUUAAGAGAAGAAAAACGUCUUUGCGAAUGCUUUUAUGCAUCUACAAACAGCAUAUUAACAACGCUUUUUAUAAUGCAAACAAUGUGCAAGUUAUACGAAAUAAUCAAAUAGGGGUGCAUUACGAUUAUGGUAGAGCAUUGAAUUGAAAUUAACUAUCUUAUUUAUGAAAAAUUAAUCGUAAUAUCUGAAUAAAUAAAUUAUUGUCAUUGAGAAGACUGAUUAAAGAUGAUUAUAUUCAAAUUUAUUAACGCACUUCUACGCUGUAAUUGGCUGAAAUGUAGUUUUAUGUGGCACAGAAAAAUGAAUAAAUUAUAUAGCUUGAUACGGGCCGUGGAGGCAUUCAGUUGAAAUUUAUGAAAUGACAAUUAAAUUCAAGACGUAAAAUGAUAGUAUUUAAGAAAUUGUAAAAAUUAAGGACAUUCGAUUUUGAUCAGGAUUUAAAUUUAUAGUGAUGGUUAUACAUUUUACAUUAUGAAUAUUAUCACUAAAACUUUUCUUAUUUU